AUGCAAGGCAGUGAUAGUGUCUCUGUAGUCGGUGCUGACUCUUGGCAGUUUCCAGAUGGCCCUAAUAGCUUCUGUGCUGCAAUUGACACUGAUGCCUCUGACAAAUACUCCGUCUCUGGGGGCAGUGUGGAAGUUGCCAUAGAAUUCUUGCACAAUUUGCAUCCUAGGCUUGACAAGUGGGUUGGAGAAGGUCUCCCAGCUAUGGCGCUUGAUAAGGGUGAAAGUUGUGCCGUCUUCACUGAUUCCCCUUUCGGUAAUGAUUUUCCGCCGUAUGUGCUUCAAAAAGAAAUCCCAGCCCUUCUUCCUUGGGAACAAUCUUGGCUCCCACUCGUCUGUGAGAGCGUCAAGGGCUUGUUCUUCCAGAGCCCUUGGUGGCUGAGGGGCGGCGGUGGAUUAGGUUCUCUGACAGGGGAUGGUGGUGGGGUGGGCACUCCUUGCCCUUCCGGUGAGCUUUCAGAGGAGCUUAUGAUUCUGGCGUUUGAAGCUCUCUUGCGGGCAGCAACUUUCCUUCUGGCCGGCGGCAUCUUGUACAAACCCUAG